AUGCAGAUCAAUGCACUUCUCUUCGCCCUUCUCGGUUUCGGUGUCCUCGCCGAUGCCGCCUCGACAGAGCGACGUUCUCCCUUUUCCCGCGUUCUGAAUAGAAGACAGAACAACAACCGUCAGGGUGGCCAAGGCCGGAACAACGGCGGUCAAGGCCGGAACAACGGCGGUCAGGGCCGGAACAACGGCGGCCAGGGCAGGAAUAACAACGGUGGCCAGGGCAGGAACAACAACGGUGGCCAGGGCAGGAACAACAACGGCGGCAACAACAACGGCGGGAGAAACGCUCUCAUUCUGAACCAGAACCUCGUCCAGACUGCCUCGCAAGAUGACGGGAACAACCCAGGUGCCGAUGGACAAGCUGCUUCUGCAACCAACAAUGCCAACUUCAUAAACUUUUGCCAGUCUGCCGGAACGUUGACCAACGGGCAGCAAAUUCGGCAGGGUUCUUGCAACAGCAUCCCCAUGGGCAGGAUUCCCGCCGCGAACAGGAUGGUCACGUCCGUCUUCGUCAACCCUCAGAAUGGUGACACCCUUGUGACCAACCAGGAUUUCAAGAUACAGGUCCAGGUCAAUAACUUGGAUGCCGGUGCCUUCACGAACGCCACAUCCACGUACUAUUCUGCUCCCCAGGACCUGAACACGAACGGAGUCAUCAUUGGACACACGCAUGUGACGUGCCAGGACAUGGGAGCCAGCCAGAACCCGACGACUCCGCCAAACCCCACCGAGUUUAAAUUCUUCAAGGGCAUCAAUGACGAUGGCAACGGCCGAGGGUUACUGUCGGCCGAUGUGAACGGCGGACUGCCUGCCGGGAACUAUCGAUGCUGCAGCAUGUCGUCCGCCGCCAACCACCAGCCUGUUUUGAUGCCCGUUGCCCAGCGAGGCGCUCAAGACGAUUGCGUGCGCUUCAGCGUCCGAGGUCGGGGCAACGGAAACAACAGGAACAACAACCAAGGUCGUCAAGGGGGCAACAAUCAAGGGCAGGGCAAUGGAAACAACAGAAACAACAACAACCAGGGUCGCCAGGGAGGUAACAACCAGCGACAAGGCAAUGCCAGAAUUGUGGACAACCAGGGCAUCCAGGGGGGAGGAAAUCGCCGUCAGGGAAAUGGAAACGUCGGCACCAACAACAUUCAAGGUGGCCAGCGCGGCAACAACCAGGGUGGCCAGGGAGGGGCCAACCGGCAACAGGGGAAUGGCAACGUCGGAAACAACAACCAGGGCACCCAGAGGGCUGGCAAUCAGCAACAGGGUAAAGCGAGCGUCGGAAACAAUCAGGGAAUCCAGAGGGCUGGCAAUCAGCAACAGGGCAAUGCCGUCUUCGGAAACAAUCCGGCCCUGCAGAGGGCUGGCAAUCAGCAACAGGGCAAUGUCGCCCUCGGGAACAACCUGAGAGGUGGUGGCCAGCAACAGGGCAAUGGCGUCGUCGGAAACAAUCCGGCCCUGCAGACGGCUGGCAAUCAGCAACAGGGCAAUGUCGCCCUCGGGAACAACCUGAGAGGUGGUGGCCAGCAACAGGGCAAUGGCGUCGUCGGAAACAAUCCGGCCCUGCAGACGGCUGGCAAUCAGCAACAGGGCAAUGCCGCCCUCGGAAACAACCUGAGAGGUGGCGGCCAGCAACAGGGCAAUGGCGUCGUCGGAAACAAUCCAGCCUUACAGGGAGGUGCCAAUCAGCAACGGGGCAAUGGAAACGUAGGAAACAACAAUCGGGGCGUACAGAUAGGAGGGAACCAACUGCGAGGCAUCCAGCCGGGAGGCCUCUAG